CGCAAUCUCGGCUCCGGACUUUUCAAGCAGCGGGUUUCUUUAUGGCACAUUAACUUCAAGAGCUCACUUUGGAAACGUCUCGACUCGUCCUUCCUGGAUUUACAGCUGGCGCAUGCUGGUGUUCGCGUUUUCAGCUGUCCUUUCUCAGAGAGGGUUGUAGACUACUCCAGAAACGGAACCCAACGCACCACGACGGCAUGUUCGUCUUUUUUUCCAGCUCGAGGAAACAUUGAAAGAAAUCAAAACAAACUUGGCAGUUGACAAUGUCAACCAAGUAGUAAUACAAAAACAGACGUUCUCUCUACAGCAGCACGGUGUAUUAUCUCGACGUUUGCUCUGCUUUUUGUGCAAAGUAACACUGGGUUUGUGUGGAAGAUUUAAAAAUUGUAUUAUAUAUUUAUUUGUUUGUACUUUAAGUGCCUUCAGACCGUACUUGCAGAUAUUGUCGCGAUCCUUAAGCAUAGGUUCGAGCUACUGAUAAGCUUGUGACAGCACAUUUUUAUGGACAUUGCAACAGGUCCGGAGUCAGUGGAGAGACGCAUCACAACGAGGAGUUAUUCCGAUUUGUCUAAGAUGUUGGACGGUAUUAAAAUAGAAGAUAAUCUCAGGUCGGGACCGACUACAAUGGGAGCUAUGCUUGGGACGGAGUGUCGUCACCAGGCGGUUUGCGAGGGAUGCCAGCGGCCCAUAUCCGACAGAUUUCUGAUGCGAGUCAACGAAUCUUCGUGGCACGAGGAGUGUUUGCAGUGUGCGGCGUGUCAACAACUGCUCACCACCAGCUGCUACUUCCGAGACAGGAAACUGUACUGCAAACCUGACUACCAACAGCUGUUCGCCACCAAGUGCAGCGGCUGCAUGGAGACGAUCGCGGCGACGGAGCUGGUGAUGCGGGCGCUGGGGUGCGUGUACCACCUGGGCUGCUUCUGCUGCUGCGUGUGCGAGCGGCAGCUGAGGAAGGGCGACGAGUUCGUGCUGAAGGAGGGCCAGCUGCUCUGCAAGGGCGACUACGAGAAGGAGAAGGACCUGCUCAGCUCCGUCAGCCCCGAGAACUCCGACUCCGAGAAAAGCGAAGACGAGGAGCUGGACGUGAAGCGGGAGAAGGGGUCAGGAGGGCAGGGGAAAGGCGGGGACGAGGGGAAGGACCCGCGGAGGCCCAAACGCCCGCGCACCAUCCUCACCACGCAGCAGCGCCGAGCCUUCAAGGCCUCCUUCGAGGUGUCCUCCAAACCCUGCCGAAAGGUGAGAGAGACGUUGGCGGCAGAGACCGGGCUCAGUGUUCGGGUGGUGCAGGUGUGGUUCCAGAACCAGAGGGCCAAGAUGAAGAAGUUGGCACGGAGACAACAGCAGCAGCAAGAGCAACAGAACACACAGCGGCUCGGACAAGAGGUGAUAUCCAAUAGGAUGGAGGGGAUGAUGAACUCCUACACCUCACUGGGGCCUCCCCAGCAACUGGUUGCCAUGGAGCAGAAUGGCUACAGCACCGACCCCUUCCAGCAAGGCCUCACCCCCCCACAGAUGCCUGGAGACCACAUGAACCCGUACGGAAGUGACCCAAUUUUCCAUGACAUCGACAGCGACACGUCACUGACCAGCCUCAGCGACUGCUUCAUGACGUCAUCCGAAGUGGGCUCCCUGCAAGCACGGGUGGGAAACCCCAUCGACCGCCUCUACUCCAUGCAGAGUUCUUACUUCGCCUCCUGAAAACUGCUCCUAGCAGCUGCGCAGUCAGACCCGAAGGCCAACACGGGCAGCUGCGCAGUCAAUCCUCAAAGCCAACAAGGGCAGCUGCGCAGUCAAUCCUCAAAGCCAACACGGGCAGCUGCGCAGUCAAUCCUAAAAGCCAACACGGGCAGCUGCGCAGUCAAUCCUCAAAGCCAACACGGGCAGCUGCGCAGUCAAUCCUCAAAGCCAACACGGGCAGCUGUGCAGUCAAUCCUCAAAGCCAACACGGACAGCUGCGCAGUCGUUCCUGAAAACAAACACAGUCGGCUACGCAGUCAUUCCGGAAACGCGAUCCUGACGCCUGCGCAGCCGGGCCUGAAAACUGACCCCGCUAGCUACGCAGUCAGUCUCGAAAACCAGCGCAGUUAACCGAAGACGUGUUAUGCCGCAACAAAAGAAACAUUGGGGGAGAGAUGAAAGUUUUCGGACUAAAUCUCGAAAUGCCAACGAUAACCUCUGCCACUGCCUUCCAGCUGAACGCUGAGGCAAGCAAACAGCCUGAAGAUGAACUGAGUCACUUUUCUCUGUGGUGUGGGAACGCCAGCACACAGAACACUGAGUGCUUUUUUAUAGGUGUUAUAAUGCUGAGAAGUUUUCAUGACUUUCUGUAAAGCAUAACUCCCUCCCGUUCUCACUGACGUAAAGCAAACUGUACACAUGCGUCUCAUUUAGGUCACGGAUGUCAGCCAGCUGAGAUAUGACUGCUGAAGAUGAGGGUGCAGUUUGAGAGAACUUCAUGUCCCAUAAUGCAUGAGUCCAUCAUUAUGUACCUUGUGAUUAUAGCAGUGGGGGAGGGGGAAGGGGAAGGGAGGGAUCUUCCAAAAAAAAAAAACUUGAUGUUCAAAUGUACAAAUGUGGUGUUUUGGAAUUAGAAUUCACAUUAUUUCAUACUCUGUUCAGCGUAAACCUUUAAUUUAAUUUUAGUCCAUUUAGUUGUAGCCCUCCUGGUCUAUGUGAAGACUCUGAGGUGGAAAUAGAGAAUGAGAAAAAGACUUUGCUCAGAAAGACAUGUUGUUUCUGUUAAGUGUAUAUAAGUGGAAACAUGUCCAAAGAUAAGCAGUUGUGCAUGUCAAAAUGGACAACAUCCUAUUUAUUUAAAUACAGUUCGAUGUGCCCCCAACGGUACUUACAAAACACAUAAGCUUUAUUUAAAAAAGAAAAAUAAAUAAAAAUCCCAAUGUAAAAUAGUACAGUAAGCAUAUUUUAUUUCACCUCUUUGCCAUUUAAUUUUGAAAUUUAAGCUCGUAUUUUUUGGCUAUUGUUUAAACGUAGGCUGGUAAUCGGCGACACUGUGCUAUUUAUUUGUUACAAGCUCACUGCGACCUUGUUAAUGAAGCAUUUUUAAUGCGGACAUUUGCUAAUUUACCAAAGUUUGUUGGUACUACAAAUAAACUCUGAGAAAAUUC